AUGUCCAGAUCUAUUUAAACCAUUAGAAAUUUAUUCACUUUGAACUAAUUUGAUUGUGCUCUUAAUCAUUAAAAUUAAAAAGUAAAUGCUAAAUUUGCUGGGAAAUUCAAAAUAAAUGAAGAUCACUACCACUUUCGUUUCUUUUUGGAUAAUCCUGAUUAGCACUUAGGAACAAAAGUUGGACAAGCUGUGAAACUUACUCUAAAUUCUUAAAAACAAAACUAAAUUUCAAGAUAUUACAGUCUUGUAAGUGAUCCUUUUUCAAAAGGAUACUUUGAUUGUAUUGUCAAAGAUUUAGAUAAAUCAAAUUAUGCAGAGAACUCGAAUCCAAUGGUACCUCAAUUACUUUAAUUAAAGGAUGGGGCAAAAGUAGUUAUCGAAGAUCCCUACACUUAAUAUAUAUAUCAUGGCCUAGGAAACCUCACAUUUAAAAAAAACUUUAAUUCUGAAUUCAAAACUGGGAGAUUUGAUAAAAUUGGUAUAAUUGCUCAUAACAGUGCUAUAACUACGUUCUCUUAAUUAAUCUAAGGCGUCAUCUCUGCACGUGAUCCUACACAGAUAAAUCUUCUAUUUCAUAAUCACAAAAUACAAGAUGAAAUAUUAUUAGACGAAAUGACCAGAUUUUUCUUAUCUCACAACAUGAAAUACUCUACAGUUUUACAAAAUGCUAAAUCAGAUUACUAUGGAUUUAAUGGUGAUGUUUGCGAAAGAUCUAUCAUCCAAACACUACCCAGUCCUAGAGAAAAUUAUGUAAUAAUGCUAUAAGGUCCCAGACCUUUUAAGGAGAAGGUUUAUUAGCUUCUUUUAAAGAUGGGCUACGAUUCUGAAAGAAUUGCAUACAUGUGA